AAUACUACCGAAAUAAUCUACGCAGCUGUUUACAACUGUUGAAAUUAUUUGCGUUUCGAUGAGGUCGCGAAGUUUGUUACAACAAAAUGAUUUUGUUUGUGAACUUGUGUAGUAUAAUGUUUCUGGACUUGUGAGAAAAGUAUCUUCUAUUGAAUGUUCGUUACAUACGUCGAUUAUACCAUUUCAUUUAAAAAUAUUUGAGUAUGGCAUCAGUAGCGUUCAUUUCCCGCCAUACCGAGAGUUAAAUGUUGCUUUCGUUGCUAUUUGUUUUUAUAAAAAACAUUAAUGAUUUAGCAGGAGAAAUUUAACACUAUGUAUAUUAAACAGAUUGUUAUUCAAGGCUUUAGAAGCUAUCGAGAGCAAACUGUGGUCGAACCAUUUAGUCCACGACAUAAUGUGAUCGUGGGUAGAAAUGGUUCUGGCAAGAGCAAUUUCUUUUAUGCUAUUCAGUUCGUGUUAAGUGAUGAAUUUUCUCAUCUUCGGCCUGAGCAGCGCCAAGCUCUCCUUCAUGAAGGAACUGGCCCACGAGUUCUGAAUGCAUAUGUUGAAAUAAUAUUUGAUAAUUCAGAUAAUCGUUUACCUAUAGACAAAGAUGAAGUUUCUCUUAGGAGAGUUAUUGGCUCCAAAAAAGAUCAAUAUUUUUUGAACAAAAAAAUGGUCACGCGGACUGAUGUUAUGAAUCUUCUAGAGAGUGCUGGAUUUUCAAGGAGUAAUCCUUAUUACAUAGUUAAACAGGGAAAAAUAAAUCAAAUGGCAACGGCUCCAGACUCUCAGCGUUUAAAAUUGCUGAGAGAAGUUGCAGGUACGCGGGUGUAUGAUGAACGAAGAGAAGAGAGUAAAAGCAUUUUAAAAGAAACUGUUGGUAGGACAGAAAAAAUUGAAGAUCUCCUCAAAUACAUUGAGGAGAGGCUAAAAACUUUAGAAGAAGAGAAAGAAGAAUUGAAAGAGUAUCAGAAGUGGGAUAAAAUGCGAAGGUCUCUAGAAUAUACCAUCUAUGACCAUGAGUUAAAGGAUGCUAGGAAGAAGUUAGAGGAACUUGAUACUAGGAGAGAGACUAGUAGUUCAGUCACAGAGAAGCUUAGAGAAAGUGCACAGCAAGCUGCAGACCAAAUAAAGAAACUCAGUAAAGAUUUCAGAGAUAUAAAAAGUAAACUUCAGUCCUAUAGAGAAGAAAAAGAAGCUCUAUCUCAAGAGCAGUCAUCAUUAUUUAAAGAGAAAAAAACUCGUUUAGAAUUAACUAUUAAAGAUCUGCGUGAUGAAGUGGAAGGUGAUGAUAGUUCACGGAAAAGAGCUGAACGGGAAUUAGAGAGAUUAAAAGAAACCAUUGGUGAAUUGUCACAGCUGGAAGAUAUUCGUCCUCGAUAUGAAGCACAAAAAAAGAGGGAAGAGGAAUGCACUAGAGA